AUGUUUGCGGGUCGUGACGCGUCUCGGUCCCUUGCUAUGUUCUCAGCAAACAUGUCCCCUCGCGUUGAAAACUACGACGAUCUCUCGGACCUUACAUCUGACCAAAUGAACAGGCUUAAAGAGUGGGAGCUCCAGUUUCGAGGUGUGAGAUCACUGUUUUUGCGCUUUUUAUUCUGUUAUAUACACCGCAGAUAUUUUGCAUAGAUAUAUUCUUCGAAUCCUUCUAGUUAAGACAAGAACAACUGGAGCGAAAUUACUCUGUCAGGCCUCUGUUUUAAUUUACUUAAAUCUCCAAAUUGUCAUGUUAGAAUGUUAUGUGGGAAGAAUUGCCUAAUACUCCACAACAGCUUGUCAAAAUUGCUUCUCACGCAGACUUUGAUGAUUCCCUGGUUCGCAGGUCAUGCCCGAUCGGUUUACCUGAAACAGGUCUCCCACCUGAAAUGCAUGGUUUUAAAUAGCCGUUUCGUCCAUAUUUCCCUGUGCGAAAUACCAGGACCCGCCUAUUUCCUUAAGGCACAGAUAGUUCUUGACUAGUAAAGUGUACGUGCUUGCAAGACGAGCAGUUCAGGAGUAAUCCGCGACGUUUUACGCGUUUACAUGAGCUUUUUCAGCUUUCGAUAUACAACCCUGUUUUUGUACUACUAUGCUUUGUCUUUAGAGCGAUAUCACCUGGUCGGCAGGCUUCUGGGUCCGUCUGAACCUCAUCAUGUGUACGAACGGGAUGACGACGACACUUCAUGUGCCGGCGAUGCAUCGGCUGCCGCAUCCAAGUCCAAGAAUGACUAA